UUUAAUCGCUUGAACCAGCGAAGCACACAGAUUUGUUAAAUAUAACGCACGUCAGGACUGCGUUGGUAAAGUUACUCACAAUGCCGACGCUAAAUAUUUGGUUUUUUACUUUAGCCCUGUUUACAUUUCCGCUACUUUCGACAUCUCACUGGUGGUUCAUGUCCCAAGUGUAUGCACUGGGAGCCAAAGUCAUGUGUAAUAACAUCGCCGGUUUGGUAACGUACCAAAGACAACUUUGUCAAGAAAACCCCGAUGUUAUGGUAAGCAUUGGAAAAGGGGCUAAACUCGGAGUCGUAGAGUGUCAGCAACAGUUUAAAGACCAGAGAUGGAAUUGUUCAACGGUGGCGCGAGACGUCAGCGUUUUUGGGAAAGUGAUGAGAAGAGCGAGUCGGGAAAGCGCGUUUGUCUACGCCGUUUCAUCAGCCGGUGUUGUACACGAAGUAACGCGCGCAUGUAGUCGAGGUGAAUUGAGCGAUUGUACCUGUGAUUCGAAUCGCAAAGGAAGAAGUCGGAAGGGCUUCGAAUGGGGAGGAUGCAGCGACAACGUCGCCUACGGUCUGAGGUUUGCCAAGCUGUUUGUGGAUUCCCGAGAACAAGAGAGAGACGCACGCGCUAAGAUGAAUCUUCACAACAACUUUGUCGGAAGACGGGCCGUUAAAAUGCACACCAUUCUGGAUUGCAAAUGUCAUGGAGUAUCAGGCUCAUGUCAAGUGAAAACUUGCUGGAAAACUAUGGCGCCUUUCAGUGUGGUGGGAAGUUAUCUUAGAGACAGAUACCAGAAAGGCAUCUUGGUUACAGUUGAUCAAAGCGGAAAUGAACUGGUCGUGGCAGAAGGUACUUAUCCUGCUACGCCUUCACGUGAUAACCUCGUGUUCUUGGAGGAGUCCCCGGAUUAUUGUGUCCCAAACUCCAACACGGGCUCGCUGGGCACCACGGGAAGAGUGUGCAACAAGACCUCGCCGGGUCAUGGGAGCUGUGGGGUUCUGUGCUGCGGGCGCGGAUUCAACACGAUUCAAGUAGAGGAGGAGUACAAAUGCGCUUGCAAGUUUCACUGGUGUUGUUACGUGAAGUGCAAUAUUUGUCGGAGAACUGUUGACAAGCAUGUGUGUAAAUCGCCCGAGGAAGAUUCUUCUCAGCACAACAGCUCCGGUCGCCAUGUGUCGGCGCUGGCAAACUCAGAGAGCAGAGAUCAAAAUAGGCCAAAUAAUCAGUCCAGGAAAAGAGCUCAAAGAAGAAAGGCCAGGAAGAACAAGAAAAGAGGGGCAUCAAUCAACAGCCUCGACAGCGACCACAGAGAUAACAAAAGCUUAUGAUAAUUGCUUCCAGCCUCCGCAGACAGAUGGCGCAGACAAAGCUCGAAAUCAAAUUGCCACUAAAAACUAAAUGAAAAUAAAUUUAUUUUAAAGAAUGAAAAAAUCCAGAUUGGACCAAUUAGUAUUCCUUAUGUUAUAAGGAGUUGUAUAUAUUAUAUACAGUGUGUUCUCGUAAGUACAAGAUGACAUCCAAACCACGAUUCUUAGUUUGCAAAUCACUCUUUAUAAUAUUAGAAAGAUUCGUCAAUUAUAUUGACUCAACUUUGAAAGAGUACCUGAUUGUUAGAAAAACAUAAAAUCUCGCGACGACUGCCACCACAACAACUGCCAGACACUGGUUCUCAUGCGUCAGUUUCUCACCCUCGCUGCUGGUCACUUGUAUUGACAUAUAGUUCUAAUUAGCUAAUUGUUAUAUCUCGUGAUUUGAUUGGUUGGUGUAAUUGCUUACGUAGGACAUUCAAUUGAAUCUCUCUAAUAGAAAAAAAAAUUGUGUUGAGACUUGACUUGAAAGCCUUUAGACAUCUAAGACCAGUGUGGCUUUGAAAAAAAAUCCUCUAAGUAAAAAAGAAGCAGGAAAAAUAGAGCACACGCACAAACUACAUUACUUUGGACGGAAAAUGCUCGAUAGCGAUUUUCAUUCGAAUUUUGGAAAUCGGGAUCACAAUUGUAUAGGGAGAGUACGAGAUUAAUUUUAGCGAUGUAAAUCAGCUAAUGUUAUUUCUUUUGAUUUUUUUGGUUAAUUAUUAUAAUAAUUAUUAAUGUUAAUAUAUAUAUUCAGACAAAGAGCUAG